UGGAAGGCCUCGGUAACUAGCUUAACCGUAGUUGAGUGAGGAAAGCAACACAAUCACUUGUGAAGGACGGGGAGAAAUUCAGUCGCCGCUCGCCACACUUUCGCUAUUCUUAAACAAUUGUCGCCGUAAGAUAAUAGUUGGCAGAAAGCCAUCCACUCUUCAGCGCUCCGGAUCAUGUCUGGGCAGAGGAAAGGUGCUGCAGCUCGCCUGCUCAAAUGCGCCUUUUGUCGAACCAGUCGGGAAAAAGAGUGCGGGCAGCUGCUAGUGUCUGACAGCCAGAAGGUGGCAGCCCACCAUAAGUGCAUGCUUUUCUCCUCUGCCCUGGUCUCGUCGCACUCAGACAAUGAAAAUAUUGGAGGUUUUUCCGUUGAGGACGUAAAGAAGGAGAUCAAAAGGGGAAACAAAUUGAUGUGUUCAUCAUGUCACCGGCCGGGUGCUACUAUUGGCUGUGAUGUGAAUACGUGCCGGAGGACAUACCACUAUUGCUGCGCUGUAAAGGACAAAGCCCAGGUUAAAGAGAAUGCAUCACAAGGAACUUACCUAGUUUACUGCCGCAAACAUAGAGAUGCUUCUCGAGAAGACAUUGAAGUUGAAGAGGAAGGUGUGGCCAAUGACUCUGACUCCUCGCUGCCACAAAAUAGGGGCAGAGGAAGAUUUGAGAAGGGAAGAGCCAAGGUCCGUGGCCAGUCAGAAGACACUCGCUCCAAUUCCUUUCAUGCUGCAGACGAGGAGACCUCCUCACAUCGGGAAAGGUCGCCUCUUCGGACCAGUCCGGGUGAUAGCGGCCAGCGCUGUGGCUUUUGCCAUGCUGGUGAUGAAGAAAAUGAAACGAGGGGUGUGCUUCACACAGAUAAUUCCAAAAAAGUGGCUGCUCACUACAAGUGCAUGCUUUUUUCAUCUGGGACAGUUCAAUUGACCACCACAUCACGGGCUGAAUUUGGGAAUUUUGAUGUGAAAACCGUAAUCCAAGAGAUUAAGAGGGGGAAAAGAAUGAAAUGCACGCUUUGUACCCAGCUGGGUGCAACCAUCGGGUGUGAGAUCAAAGCUUGUGUGAAGACGUACCACUAUCACUGCGGUCUGCAGGACAAAGCCAAGUACAUUGAGAACAUGGCACGUGGAAUCUACAAACUCUAUUGUAAGAAUCACAGUGGCAAUGAGGAGCGGGAUGAGGAAGAUGAAGAACGAGAGAAUCGCAGUAGAGAGAGAGCAGCAAUCGACCACGGAGGAACACCGUCAAUGCAAGUGAAUGGCAACUAGAGACAAUGUUUGAUGGUUGCGCAAACAGCAAAACGUGGGACAGCUAUGCGUUUUUAUACAAAAUCUCAGCCUACUUUCAAAGUUGUGGUAUUUAGUUUCCCAAAAACUGUCCUCAACACCAUGCCUUCCCAAAUAAAUGGAUACACUGCAAUUGAGACUAGAUGAGCUUUUCACGCACUGGUGGUACCUACAGAGCAUGGACUCCUGCAGAAUUGUGAAAAGCCAAAGGUUAACAUUCACAAGAGAGUCAUGGAUAUAUCUUCAACUAUUUGUGCUACUGUCAUGAAUAAGGACUGGCUGGAUAGACUGAAUUCUAAAUUAUCACCCCACAGACUACUACACAUGAUGAAACCAUAAUCUUUAUUUUCCCUCACAAUAAUUAUCACCAAUCUUUACCAAGUUGUGCAGUUUUAUCAUUUUGUUUUGUUAAUCAUAUCUUUAAAAAUAUCUCAGUUAGCCUUUCUUUCUUGAUAUGUAAUACAUGUGCUACUGUGUAAUCAUGAGUAAUUUUUAAUAUCUGGAUUUCAGGUCAUAAAUCCAAGAUUUACUGGCAUGCACUUGCAUUCGUCCACAUUUAAGGGUGGAUUCUUGUUUUUCUAUUUAGCCGCUAAAGAGCACAGUACAAAGCUCUUCAGGAAAGUUGGCUUGACUUUGUUUGGUGUGAUGUUACAUGUAUCUACAAAUGUAACCAAUCAUUUUUGGAAAUCGAAAAUGUUCUGUAUUUUACAUGUUUACUGAAAAAUGUGGUAUUUUUAUUUGGAUGGGGGAAAAAAACAAGAUAUACUACUUGUAUAGCUGGUAACUUGGUGUUCCGCUUCCGAGAGGAAUGUCACACCAGCCAAAUGAAGAUGAAGUCACUGUGUACCUUUGUGAAUUUAGUUUUACAUUCUUGAACCGGACUGAAACUUAUGCUCACUUGGAACAUUCAUUCUGCCUUUUUAGUAUUUUCAAUAAAUUAAUUUGUGCAUUGAAUUCAUAUAAAUGCACAGAUUUCUCUUU